AUGGGGGCUGGUGGCUCUGGGAUGCCAGGUCCUGCACUGUUCCUGCUUCUGGUGCUGCCACCUUCUCUGGUGAGCAAGAAGAGCUUCCUACACAGCGUCCCGGGAUCCAGAGACUUCCAGCACCUCAGCCUGAGCUGGGAAAGCCUCCACCGCCACCUCAGCCAGGACGGGGGGAACUUCCGCCACCACCGCAGCCUGGGUGCCUGGCAGGUGCAGACAAAACAGAGUUUUAUCUGCGCAAAUGACUUCUACUUCGUCUUGGACAUGUCGGGCAGUGUGGGCAACAACUGGAAACACAUUUGCAACAUGGUGGAGGAGGUGGUGAAGAAGUUUGAAAACCCAAAACAACGGAUAUCCUUCAUCACCUAUUCCACAGAGGGUGAAACCGUCAUGAGGCUCACCUCAGACAGAAAAGCAAUAAAGGAUGGUUUUCGCAAACUUCGAUAUAUAGCGGCUGGAGGAAACACAAACAUGCAAGAGGGACUUAAAUUGGCAAUUGAGCAGAUUGAAAAAGAGCAAUCUAAAGGAAGCAAGAACCCAGUGACGAUUAUCGCUCUGACUGAUGGAACACUUGUAAGAAAAGCGUUUGAAGAGACAAAGAAAGAAGCUGAAAAGGCUCGGAAAUUGGGGGCUGUCAUUUAUGGCGUGGGUGUGAAUGACUAUAGACGAGAACAGCUGAAUCAAAUUGCAGACAGCAAAAAGCAAGUGUUUGGAGUGGACACUGGGUUCGAGGAUCUAGUGAAGAUCGCAGAUUCACUCUCAAGAACUUCCUGCGUUGAAAUUACAAGUGCCACCCCUUCAAGUUUCUGUGCAAACGAAAAUUAUGACUUGAAGGUUUCUGGACGAGGCUUUAAUAAUGCAAGGAACAAAAACGAAGUUAUUUGUAGAUUCAAGUUUAGUGACAAGAAAUACUUCGACAAAAAAGCCACAUCUGUGCAAGAUACCAUCCUAAUGUGCCCAGGAAUAAAGACAGAAUAUCCAGGCCAGAAGGUCUUCAUUGAAGUUAGCCUGAACAAUGGCAUCAGCUUCAUCAACAACGAUAUUAACAUCAUCAGUGAGGAUUGUAUGACAACUGUACCUACAACUACCACAACACCUGCCCCUACCACUACCCCGAAGCCGAAAACUACCAGAAGGCGUACCACUACCCAACAGCCUGCCACUACCCGAAGUCCUGCCACUACAACAACCCAGCCACCUCCCCCACCACCUCCCCCACCACCUCCCCCACCACCUCCCCCACCACCACCUCCCCCACCACCUGAUCCAACACCUGAGCCAACACCUGAGCCAACACCGGACAUGCCACCUGACACGACGACUGCCCCACCACCCGCUACACAGUUCAUACACAUUGCCAACCCUCUGUACCUCCUUACACUCAUCCCGGCCAUGCUCAUGUUCCCCUUGCUCUUCUGUUGCAUCUGGCGGCUAUGCUUCAAGAAGACUGUCAAGGAGCCACCCCCAGUGCAGAAACCAGAAAAGGAGCCAGAGACACGUCCCAUACAGACAUGUCCCACAGUGAUUGUCCCUUGUUGUGGGUGCCAAGUACGCCAGAUGAGAAGGAUAGAGGGCAAACUGGACACCUUGUGUGACUUUGUUCAAAACUGCAGCCCAGUGCCAUUGAUGUAUUGUCAGCCCUUGGACAAGGGGAGAUGUGUCAACUUCACACUAAUGAAGCCCUACCUUAGGCAGUUGCCUUGCAGCCCAAAGAUGUACCUUGGGCCAAGCCAGGGGUGCAUCCCUCUCAACAACAGCUGCUCAUGGGGCCGACAUCCCCCACCUAUAUGCCCACAGCUUACUUCCAGGAUGCUACCACUGAUUGCUCCCCCAGCCCAGGCACUCUGCAGAACUACCUUGUCACUCCCACACCCAUAG